GUUGUAAUUUUGACGGUUGACUUUUGAAAGUUGAAAUCUUUACGAUACCAAAACCUCUCCAAUGGUUUCCAUUGUCUUUCAAUCACCAACCUUUUUAACACCCAAGAAGAACUACCCAUUUUCAUCUCCGACCUCUACUCGGAGGACCCGACAUGGAGCUUCUCCAUUACUUCGUGUUACAGCUUCUCGCAGCUCCUACGAUGUAGUCGUUGUUGGUGGUGGGAUCAUCGGACUAACCAUAGCCCGUCAGUUCCUUACCGGGUCGGAUCUAUCCGUUGCCGUUGUUGAUAAAGCCGUCCCUUGCUCUGGUGCCACUGGUGCCGGGCAGGGGUAUAUAUGGAUGACACACAAGAAACCAGGCAGUGAUGUAUGGGACUUGACCUUGAGGAGUCAUCAACUUUGGCAUAACCUUGCAGAGAGCUUAAUCGAUGAAGGUCUUGAUCCUGAAGAGUUGCUUGGUUGGAAAAAGACAGGAAGUUUACUAAUAGGAAGGACCUCUGAGGAAUGUGUUGCUCUGAAACGAAAGGUUCAUGAGCUAUCUGAAGCUGGGUUAAGAACUGAAUAUUUGUCUGGUGCUGAUUUGUUUUUAAAAGAGCCUUCGGUUCUUGUGGAUGAUGAUUCCGGGGCUGCAUUCCUUCCCGAUGAUUCGCAGUUGGAUGCUCAUCGUGCGGUUGCUUAUAUUGAGAAGGGAAACAGAGAGUUUGCAACAGAAGGAAGAUAUGCUGAGUUCUAUCAUGAACCUGUUACAGGUUUAAUAAGGUCUGAGGGGCAUGGUACGGAGGUUACAGGUGUUAAGACUUCUAAACGCAACUUGUAUGGUAAGAAGGCUACUAUAGUAGCUGCUGGUUGCUGGAGUGGAACUCUCAUGCAUGAAUUGCUUAAAGACUGCAACAUUUCGCUGGACGUUCCUGUGAAGCCAAGAAAGGGGCAUCUACUUGUGGUAGAGAAUUUUGUCUCGUUCCAUUUAAAUCAUGGGGUAAUGGAGGCUGGUUAUGCGAAUCAUCAAAGUGCUUCACUUUCAGGAUUGGAUGUCGAUGAACGAAUGCUAUCUAUUUCGAUGACAGCCACAAUGGAUACAACAGGAAACCUUAUUCUUGGGAGCAGCCGUGAAUUUGUUGGGUUCGACACUGAAGCUGAUGAGUUUAUCAUCCGGUGCAUAUGGGAGCGUGCAGCAGAAUUCUUUCCCAAGUUACGAGAUAUUUCGCUCGAAGAUUUCAUCCGUAACAGGAAAGUGAGAGUAGGGUUGCGCCCUUACAUGCCUGAUGGGAAGCCAGUAAUAGGAUCUGUGCCUGGAUUACAAAACUUGUACUUGGCAGCUGGGCAUGAAGGAGGAGGACUUUCCAUGGCUCUAGGAACAGCAGAAAUGGUAUUGGACAUGGUACUGGGGAAACCGUCACAGGUAGCUAGUUCAACGUUUGGGGUUAAAGGACGCUGUUGUUGAGAAAAAUAGACGUAGUUCGGUUUAGUUAAGGGACUGAAUCCUCUUGAGCAUUGUUGUUGAUGGAAUGGAUUCUCAAAAGGGAGUUCGGUGUCUAAAUCUUUUGAGGAAUGUUUGUCUUAGGCAUCCUUGUCUAUGGUCUAGUAUCGUUUUGUUUUCUAUCAUUCUAUGUUUAUUUAUAAUCUUGCGUUUGGAGUAUUACUAGACAAUGAUGAUGAUUAUUACCACCGUUUGCGUUUUGUAUGCUAAUAAUGCUUAGAAGCCA